CGGAAGAUGAUAGCCAAGCUGUACGACGCGAAGUACAGCAUACGCGAGAUCAAGCGAUUCGUCUACGCAGACAAGCAGUAUGUGCGGGAAACGGCGGCAUACCGCCACCUAAUCCACAACCGGCUGCAGCAGUAUAUCCCCAAGUUCUACGGGUCUUGGUCGGCGAGCAUUCUCGACAAUGCAGGCGGUCAGCGGCGGUCGGUGCGGAUGAUUCUGACCGAGUACGUGGUCGGCACGGACAUGGUGCAUCUCAGACCGGAAGCCUUCUCCCAGCACCGGCGCAUGGAGAUCAUGCGACAAGUCCUGAAAGCCGAGUCACGGUUCUACGCCUGCAAUCUGCGUCACAUGGACCUGUUUCCGCGCAAUGUGAUGAUUACAGAGGAGUCUGUCCGUGCGGGCGGGGCGCUGCACAUCGUCAUUAUUGACUUCGGGCUGGCGUGUCUUUUCCGCUCGCCGGAGGACGUCUACCGCGGACACGACUCCCAGCUGUUGGAAGGGCGAUAUAUCAGCCCUAUUCUGCGCUGGUGGCAUCCUCUGGGCCAGCGGGACGAUUGGACGCUGUCCCGUUGGAUAGACUGGAACUGGAACCGCUGGCUCAUCAGGACUUUCGAGAAGGAUUUGCCUGAUAUCACCCCCGAAAUGCGG